UGUGCCUGGCCUUGUCAGGAAAGGCACUGACUCUCUGUCCUGCUCUUCUUCUAGGUGUCCUCUUCGUCCCUCGAGACAGCUGCCACCAAGCCUGCUGCCAGCGAGCCACGGCACCGGGCGGCCAGCACCGGGGAGAGGAGCCCAGGGACGGGGGGAAACACUGCCCAGGACAUCAUCCAGAGAACGGGUUUGGAUGUGGAGAGCCUGGACGCUGGAGCUACAAGCAUGAGCCAUGAGCCGAAGUCACCGUCCCUAGGAAUGCUCUCCACUGCCACCCGCACCACUGCCACCGUCAGCCCCCUCACCCCUUCCCCCCUCAAUGGCUCCCUGGUCCCCAAUGGCAGCCCAGCAGCCAGCACCACUUUGUCUGUCCAGGCAGCACCUUCCUCCAGCUUCGCCGCAGCCCUCCGCAAGCUCGCCAAGCAGGCUGAGGAACCCAGAGGUUCCUCACUGAGCAGUGAGUCGUCCCCCGUGUCCUCACCUGCCACCAACCACAGCUCCCCUGCCAGCACCCCCAAACGUGGCCCCAUGGGGCCCAUCAUCGUGCCACCGGGGGGGCACAGUGUGCCCAGCACCCCCCCUGUUGUCACCAUUGCCCCCACCAAGACGGUCAAUGGGGUCUGGAGGAGUGAGGGCAGACAGCAGGAAGCGGGGUCCCGGGGCAGCAGCAGCAGCAGCGGCCGUGAGCGCCUCAUCUCAGAGCCCCCCCUGGGGCAGGAGAAAGCUGGGGGUCCCACUGUCCCCUCCCACCUCCUGGGGACACCCUACUCCUUUGGGCUGCCCCCCAGCUCUGUCGUCCAGGACUCCCGUUUCCCACCCCUCAACCUCCAGAGACCCGUCCACCACGUGGUCCCUCCCAGUGCUGUCACCGAGGAUUAUUUGAGGAGUUUCCGUCCCUACCACACGGCCGAGGACCUCAGGAUGUCCUCCCUGCCACCCCUGGGCCUCGACCCAGCCACCGCUGCUGCUUAUUAUCACCCCAGCUACCUGACCCAUCACCCCUUCCCACACCCAGCAUUCAGGAUGGAUGAAUCCUACUGCCUCUCGGCACUGCGCUCCCCCUUCUACCCCCUGCCAGCCCCGGGCUCACUGCCCCCCCUGCACCCCUCGGCCAUGCACCUGCACCUCUCGGGGGUCCGGUACCCCCCCGAGCUCUCCCACUCCUCCCUCUCUGCCCUCCAGUCCGAGCGCAUCUCCAGCCUCGCCGCCGAGAGGCUGCAAAUGGACGAGGAGCUGAGGCAACGGGAGCGGGAGCGGGAGAAGGAAAGGGAGCGAGAAGCCGACCGGGAACGGGAGAAGGAACGGGAACGGGAGAGGGAAAGGGAGAAAGAGCUAGAACGGGAACGGGAGAAGGAACGGGAGCUGGAGAGACAGAGGGAGAGAGCCCGGGAGAAGGAGCUCAGCAUGGUGAAAGCCAUGGAGGGGCCGUUCCUCCCCGUGGCUGAGCUGCACGGGCUGCGGGGGCACCCGGUGGAGGAGAGGGGAAAACCAGCCCUGCCCGAGCCUCUGGCACCCGGCAGACCAGAGAAACUCAAGGACUCGGUGCUGCCCACUCCAAAACCCAUCCAGCACCCUCUGCACCCACCUCCCGCCUCCCACCACCCUGUCCCCAGCCUGAUCCCCAACCACAGCGUUUUCCCCUUGCCGGGGAGCAGUGCAGCCACAGCUCUGCUCAUCCACCGCACCAACGAGGAGGAGAAGUGGCUGGCUCGCCAGCGCCGCCUGCGCCAGGAGAAGGAGGAUCGCCAGUCCCAGGUCUCCGAGUUCCGGCAGCAAGUCCUGGAGCAGCACCUGGAGAUGGGACGGACCCCCAGCCAACCCGAGCCUGAGCAUCGCCCCGAGCACCCCAGGUCGAGCUCCAGCCGGCACGAGCCGAGUGGGCGGGAGCCAGGGCAGCACUUCAGUGGUCCCCCUCCCCUCAUCUCCCCCAAACCCCAUCCCCACCCCGUCCCCACCUCCCUCUGGAACCCCGUCUCCUUGAUGGAAAGUCCUCCCGACCCUCCCCGCCGGCUCCCCGAGCCCCACAUCCUCCACAGCCACCCGGCCCCCUUCGAGCCCAGCCGUCUGGUGAAGGUGGAGAGGGUCUUCUGCUCCGAGAAGCUGGAGGAAGGCUUGAGGAAGAGGGACCCUCUGGAAAAAUACCCCCCCCCGGGACGAGAGCCGGGUGCUCCGGAGCACGGGGGCUUCACCCACGCUCCCUUUUUAACCGAGCUGGAGAAAUCCACGCAGAGCAUCUUGAGCCAACAGAGACCUCAGGCCCCUUCUUUCACUGAGGCCACCAAAGCCACCUCACCCUACUGUCCCCAACCCCAACCUCGAGCCCAGGACCCGAUGUACAUCUACGAUGAGUUCGUGCAGCAGCACCGCAGGUUGGUCAGCAAACUGGACCUGGAGGAACGCCGGCGCCGAGAGGCUCGAGAGAAGGGUUAUUAUUAUGACCUGGAUGACUCCUGUGAUGACAGUGACGAGGAGGAGGUGCGGGCUCACCUCCGCUGCGUGGCUGAGCAGCCCCCCCUGAAGCUGGACACGUCCUCUGAGAAGCUGGAGUUCCUGCAGCUCUUCGGGCUGACCACGCAGCAGCAGAAGGAGGAGCUGCUGAGCCAGAAGCGGCGCAAGAGGCGGCGGAUGCUGCGGGAGAGGAGCCCCUCACCACCACCCCCCCAGAACAAACGCCGCACCCCCUCCCCACGCCUCCCCCUCUCCACCCGCUACAGCCCCGACGAGAUGAACAACAGCCCCAACUUUGAGGAGAAAAAACGUUUCCUCACCAUCUUCAACCUCACCCACAUCAGCGCCGAGAAGAGGAAAGCUUCCCAUGCUGCAGACAAGGAGAAGCUGGUGGAGAUGCUCCAAGCCAUGAAGCAGAAGCCCACGCCAGCUGCUGUGGUGGUGAAGAGCUCCCCACGGGACAGCCCCAGUGGCCCCACCACUGAGCUUCCAGUGCCUCCUCUCCUGCUGGAUCCAGAUAAACCCCUGGGCAUCGCUGUCUCUGUACCAGAGCCCCAGAAGACGGCAGAGCUGGGCAGGUUGGAGCAGCUGAGAGCCCAGGAGCUCCCAAGGGUGAAGGAACCAGGCAGCACCCCAGGGGAGAAACCCCGUCUGGGUGAUGGGCACCCCGGGAAGAAGGCACUCAGCAUCCUUGGCUACGUCAGGGGUCCCCUGCCCAGCAAGGACAUCCCAGUGCCACUGUCCCACAGCAUGAAUGGGAAGAGCAAACCUUGGGAACCCUUCAUUGCUGAGGAGUUUGCCCAUCAGUUCCACGAGUCUGUGCUGCAGUCCACCCAGAAGGCCUUGCAGAAGCAUAAAGGGGGGACGUCGGAGCAGAACCACAAACUCGAUGCCUCCAUCCACUACAACAUCCCUGAGCUGCAGACCCCCAGUCGCCUGGCUGCACCCCCCCCCCAGAAUGGCACCAGCUCCGAGGGGCUGCUGCCCCCCCGGGGGAUGCCCCCCCUGCCCCGGGACUCAGCCUCCGAGGAGGAGGAAGAGGAGGAGGAAGAGGAAGAGGGGGAAGAAGAGGAGGACUACCCCAGGCCCAAGUGGCAAGGAAUCGAGGCAAUUUUUGAAGCUUACCAGGAACAUAUAGAAGAACAAAACCUGGAGCGCCAAGUGCUGCAGACCCAGUGCCGGCGGCUGGAAGCUCAGCACUACAGCCUGAGCCUGACAGCAGAGCAGCUUUCCCACAGCAUGGCAGAGCUGAGGAACCAGAAGCAGAAGAUGGUGUCAGAACGGGAGAGGCUGCAGGCAGAGCUGGAUCACCUGCGGAAGUGCCUUGCCCUGCCUGCCCUCCAGUGGUCCAGGGGGUAUUUUAAGGGGUAUCCCAGGUGACCCUCCUUGGGCCAGGCCCACCACAAUAGUCUAGAAAUAAUAAUAAUAAUAAUAAUAAUUAAUAAUAAUAUCUAUUUUAUUACCUUGAAUAUUUAAUAUUUUUCACACUCGGGAAGGUUUGAAGC